AGAUAAAUAUACAUUAUUUAUAUUUCUAGCUACAGGAGAAGCUGAUUUCUUAGAAGAAAGAUCUUUACAUACCUUUUUGAAGUUUGGUGUAGCAAAGGAAGAACAAGAAGAGAACUAUGAUGGAGAAACAGAGGAGGCUGAGAACAAACUUGUUAGAGUGAAGACAGAGCAGCCUGGUGAUCUACCACAAGAUGAGUUCAGUGAUAAUGAUCUGGAUGGUUCAAAGUACUGUGUUACAAAUUUGAAGAAAGAAAAGGAAUUUCAAAGUUUGGAACAAACUGGUUCUGAGUUAGGAAGUACAUCUGAUAUAAAGACCUAUGUGAACACUUCUUCAGGAAAUCAGUUUGCUAGUGAUCAUGUUUUAACACAAGAAGAUCCCUUUAUGAAAACGGAGGUCAACAAAUCUCGGAAACCAAAUAGUGAUAUAUUUGGAAAAACAAAUUUAAGUAGAAAUAACCUCAAACAAUCUAAUAUACCUUAUAGUGGUAAGAAACCAUACAACUGUGUAACAUGUGGGAAACAAUUUUGAACAAAUAGUGUUUUAAAAAUUCACCUGAGAAUACACACUGGAGAAAAACUAUAUAGCUGUUCAGUGUGUGGCAAAACAUCUGCAACAAAUAGUGAACUGAAAAUUCAUCAGAGAAUACACACUGGAGAAAAACCAUAUAGCUGUUCAGUGUGUGGCAAAACAUUUGUAACAAAUAGUGCCCUGAAAAUUCAUCAGAGAAUACACACAGGAGAAAAACCUUACAGUUGUAAGGUAUGUGGUAAAAAAUUUAGAUAUAAUAGUAACUUAAAAAUGCAUGAGACAAUACACACUGGAGAAAAACCAUAUAGUUGUAUAGUUUGUUUCAAAAAAUUUGGAACAAAUAGAAAUUUAAAAGAUCAUUUGAGAAUACACACUGGAGAGAAACCAUACAGUUGUGAAAUAUGUGAAAAACAAUUUAGACGAAAUAGUGACCUAAAGAUACAUGAAAGAAUACAUACUGGAGAGAAACCACACAGUUGUGAAAUAUGUGAAAAACAAUUUAGACUAAAUAGUGACCUAAAGAUACAUGAAAGAAUACAUACUGGAGAGAAACUAAACAGUUGUUCUUUUUGUGGCAAAACAUUUGUAAUAAUGAGUAAGCUAAAAUAUCAUGAGAGGGUACACACUGGGGAGAAACCGUACAGUUGUGUAACCAUUUGUUCCAAAUUCUUUGCCACACACUAUGCAACUGUAUGUUGCAUAGUGUGUGGCAAAGAAUUUGGAACAAAUGGUAACCUAAAGAAACAUGAGAUAGUGCACACUGGGGAGAAACCAUACAGUUGUACAGUUUGUGGUAAAGAAUUUGUAACAAAUUGUAACCUAAAGAAACAUGAGAUAGUACACACUGGGAAGAAACCAUACAGUUGCAUAGUGUGUGGUAAAGAAUUUGUAACAAAGAGUUACCUAAAGAAACAUGAGAUAGUACACACUGGGGAGAAACCGUACAGCUGUGUAAUCUGUAGCAAAGAAUAUGGAACAAAGAGUUACCUAAAGAAACAUGAGAGAUUACAUACUGGGGAGAAACCAUACAGUUGUACAGUGUGUGGUAAAGAAUUUGUAACAAAUUGUUACCUAAAGAGACAUGAAAGAAGACAUACUGAGGAGAAACCAUACAGUUGCAUAGUGUGUGGCAAAGAAUUUGUAACAAAUUGUAACCUAAAGAAACAUGAGAUAGUACACACUGGGGAGAAACCAUACAGUUGUACAGUGUGUG